GCAUGCGCAGUGAGGUCCACGUGGUUGGAGGCAAAGAAGUCAGUCCUGCAUUGGCUCAAUAGCGUGCGUUUUUGAUAAUGGAGGACACGGAGACGCAUAUCGGAGCUUGCUCGCUUUACAAAUGUAGAUAAACUUUGCUUAAUUGAACAAGUGUUUUGUCAUUACAUUGUUUUGGUAAAAUUCAACUGUCGUCAUGGGAAAGUCAAAGACUAAAAACCAGAAGAAAUCCCGUUUGAAUGCCAACCACGUGGCGGAAGAGGUGUUUGGUUCGGCUCCUCACUCGUUCGUGUUUCACCGUGGUCAAGUUGGCAAGAAUGUCGGUCAACUCGUGGCGGACAUGCGGCGUGUCAUGGAGCCCUUCACCGCAGAAUCCCUGAAGGUGCGGAAGAAGAAUGUGCUGAAGGACUUUGUGGCUAUGGCAGGGCCACUGGGUGUGACGCACUUCAUGAUCUUCACCAAGACCCUCAGCAGUAUCAACAUGAGGCUGGCUCGCCUGCCAAAAGGCCCUAUGCUCCACUUCAGAGUGACCAAAUACUCGCUCAUCAAAGAUGUGGUCUCGUCACUGAAGAGGCAUAGAAUGCAUGACCAGCAGUUCACACAUCAUCCACUGCUGGUGCUCAAUAACUUUGGCUCAGAUGGCAUGCAAGUCAAGCUAAUGGCCACUAUGUUCCAAAACAUGUUUCCUUCAAUAAAUGUGCACACGGUAGCCCUAAAUACCAUAAAGAGAUGUGUGUUGCUGAACUACGAUCCUGUGUCACAAGAGAUAGAAUUUCGACAUUACAGCCUGAAAGUGGUUCCUGUGGGCAUGAGUCGUGGUGUGAAGAAGCUGAUGCAGGAGAAGUUUCCCAACAUGAGCAAAUUUGAGGACAUCAGUGAGUUGCUGAUGAAAGGGGCUAACCUUUCGGAAAGUGAAGCGGAGCAGGAUGGUGACCACAACAUAACGGAACUCCCACAGAUCUACUCUGGGCGAGGCAACAUGGCGUCUCAACAAAGCGCUGUGCGGCUGACUGAGAUUGGCCCUCGCCUCACUAUGCAGCUGGUGAAGAUCGAGGAGGGAAUGGGCGAGGGAAAUGUUCUCUAUCAUGCAGUCAUCGCCAAGACUGAGGAAGAGCUUCAGGAGAUAUUAAUCCGAAAAGAGGCGCAGAUGAAAGAAAAGCAGGAACGUAAGAGAAAACAAGAGCAGAAUAUUGCCGAGAAGAAUGCGUUACGUGAGGAGAACAAGAAAAGAAGCCUGGCUGGGAUGAAAAGGAAGCGACCGGAAGAGGAAGAGGUUGACCCUGAGGUGGAGGACCCUGGAAACCAGGAUAACAGACCUCCGGUUGUUGAGUCUGAUGAUGAGGCAGAGUACUACAGACAGGCUGUUGGGGAGGAGCCAGAUGAAGAUAUGUUCCCUGAGGUUAAGAGGAGGCAAAGACCGGAAAGGUCCUCAGAAGUACCCUUCAAGAAGAGGAAACCGUUCCCUGGUGAUAAGACGAAAAACCUGUAUGGUUCCAAGUCAUCUCGGGAGACCGGUCCAGGGGGGAGACCAGCGGGAAAGACUUCUGUGAAUGGAGGCAAAUCUUUUGGAAAGCGGUCAGCCGGGGGCAAAAAGUUUGAGAAAGAGGACAAGCGGUUUGGAGGGAGGAAGUUUGGGAGUGGCAGUACCUCUGGGGGUCCUGGCAGUUCUAAGUUCAAAGGCAAACCUCAUUCUGGUGGUUUCAAGAAAGGUCCUGGAGGUGGGUCAAGGCAAGGCUUCAAACAAAAGAUGAGGAAGAGCUGAUCGUCACAGCCCUCAGAGACUGGAUUGAUAGAUGUGGAUGGGGUACCCCAGUAGAACAGCAGAAGGCAACAUGGAGUCAGUCUGAUCAUUCCAGUUACCAAGCAAUGUAAAUGUAAUGUAUUUGUACCUUUUACAGAUUGAAGUUUCCUUAAAUAAAGUUUUGAAAAAUGCA